ACAUAUAACAACGCGCGCCGGCGCACCCUCUCUCUCCGUCGCCGGCCACCCUUUCUCUCGCUUGAAGGGUCCAUGGACGCGGCGGCUCCUCUCCCUCCUCCUCCUCCGGCCCCCGGCGGCGCCGCCGCCGCGGCGGUGGCCGGGGGGCCCGAGCUCCUCCCGGGGGGCGGCAAGUUGGGCCGCCAGGAUUCGGGGGCGGCGCUCCUCGGGAAGUACCAGAUGGGGCAGCUCCUCGGCCGGGGCAGCUUCGCGAAGGUGUACCGGGCCUCGUCGCUCGCCGACGGCUCCCCGGUGGCCAUCAAGAUCAUCGACAAGACGAAGCCCGUGACGUCCGCCAUGGAGCCGCAGAUACUCCGGGAGGUGGCGGCGAUGCGGCGGCUCCAGUGCCACCCCAACAUUCUCAAGAUCCACGAGGUGAUGGCCACUCGGACCAAGAUCUACCUCGUCAUUGAGCUCGCCGGCGGCGGCGAGCUCUUCUCCAAGAUCGUCCGCCGCGGCCGCCUGACCGAGCCCGCGGCCCGGCGCUACUUCCAGCAGCUCGUCUCUGCCCUCCGCUUCUGCCACCAGAGCGGCGUCGUCCACCGCGACAUCAAGCCACAGAACCUGCUCCUAGACGCUGCCGGCGCGCUCAAGGUCUCUGACUUCGGCCUCUCGGCACUUCCUGAGCAGCUCCGGGACGGGCUCCUCCACACGGCCUGCGGGACCCCGGCCUACACCGCCCCGGAGGUGGUCUGCCGCCGCGGCUACGAUGGCUCCAAGGCCGACGCCUGGUCCUGCGGCGUCAUCCUCUUCGUCCUCCUCGCCGGUUUCAUGCCGUUCGACGACCACAACCUCGUCGCCAUGUACAAGAAAAUCCACACGAGGGACUACAGUUUUCCAGAUUGGAUCUCCAAGCCCGCGAGAUACAUAAUCUACCAGCUUCUUGAUCCGAACCCCAAUUCAAGAAUGAGCCUUGAGACUCUCAUGAAUGCUUCCUGGUUCAAGAAAUCCUCGAAUCCGAAGCCUCGGUCCCAUCAAGCCCCGAUCGCCGAACCCGAUAUGCAAGUUUCUAAACACCAUGCGGUCGGGACGAUGAAUGCCUUCGACAUAAUCUCGCUGUCCUCGGGGCUGGACCUGUCGGGGCUGUUCGAGGCGACGGGUGGUACGAAGGGGAAGCGAUUCACGUCGAGGGCGUCGGUGGAGGCGAUAGCGGAGAAGGUCCAGGACGUCGGGAGCAAAUUAGGGUUUAGCGUGGAGACGAGGAAGGGGGGGAGCAUAGGAUUGGGGAAGGGGGUCGGGUCGGUUCUGGCGGUGGAGGUGUCGGAGAUUGCGGAGUCGCUGUUGAUGGUGGAGGUCAGGGCGGUCGGGUAUGGCGGAGCGAGCCUUGAGGAGGUUCAGUGGGGCGAUUGGAAGUCGGGGCUCGAGGAGAUUGUGCAGUCGUGGCAGCACGAAGCAAUGUGAAGGGCGGUGAGAGAGGCCGGGUUUUCGAUUUUUGACAAUGAAUUUCAUGUCGACGCGGAUGAAAGUUCCUGGAACGAUGAGAAGUGAUGAAUAUAUUUAGGAAAAAAUUUUGUGGGUGGGAGGGACUAAUCUUGAGGAAAGAGGAGGGGGGGGGGUUUAAUUUUGUAUAUAUGGUGGUAACAAUUUGUUCGUAGCGUUCAUGAUUAAAGAUUUUUGCUAUAAAUUUAAAUCUUGUAGUGUGAAGACCAUAUCCCAGAUCCAUAAUUUGCUGAUAGUAAAAUCCUUAGUAUCCGAGGAGCAA